UAAACUCAGCUUGAAUUCAACAGGAAAAGUAAUCUUCUACUCCCCAACGUUAGCUUUCUACUAACCAUGGCUUCUGCCACCGCGUGCGCCGUCACAAAUUUCGUUCCCUCCACUCGCUCCUCCUCCCUGUUUUCCAGGCAAAACUUGAGACCCCAUAGGCUAACGGUAUCGUUCCCAGUCAAGCAACCCCGUUCCUCCAUCGUCGCUUCCGCAACACCUGAAAACAAGGAUGGCUCCUCCGUUGACGCGCACGUCGACCCCAACGCCAACAAGAAAGGUGCCGCCAUCGAGCGGCAAGGCCGCCGCUCCACUCUCGACAUCUCUCCUUUCGGGCUGAUGGAUCCGCUGUCGCCGAUGAGGACGAUGAGGACGAUGAGGCAGAUGCUGGACACGAUGGACCGGAUCUUCAAGGACACGAUGUCGUUCCCGGGAUCGAGCCGGACGACGGUGGGGGACAUAAGGACGCCGUGGGACAUAAUGGAGAACGAGAAUGAGGUAAAGAUGAGGUUCGACAUGCCAGGGCUGUCAAAGGAGGUGGUGAAGGUGUCUGUGGAGGGUGACAUGCUGGUGAUCAAAGGAGAGCACAAGGAGGAGGAGGGAAGUAAAGGAGAGGAUUCCUGGUGGAGGGGAAGGAGCAUGAGCUCGUACGACAGCCGGAUGCUGCUGCCGGAGAACUGCGACAGGGACAAGGUGAUGGCUGAGCUGAAGAACGGGGUGCUGCUGGUUACCAUCCCCAAGACCAAGGUCGAGCGCAAGUGAUCACUUUGUCAAGGAAAGAACAAAGCGAGAUGUUUGAGACUUUGACGGGAGAAAUGAGCUUCGUCCACUGGAGAAUCGUUGGGCCCAACCCGCUUGACAGAUCAUUGGCCCGGGGCUGGAACGCUGGCCAUGGAUAUAGUAUGCUUGUGCUUAAAAUUGCUCACCUGUUGAUUCCACGUUGGACGAAGUAGGGUCAAUCAUCUAUACUCCUUGGGUCACUAUUCAAUUAUCGAUGCAAUCCCUGCUCUCCCUCCCUUCCUUCGUUUUGUCUGUUGUCUCUGCUGCCAAGGUUUCCGCGGGGUGUUGCCGAGCUCUGAUGGGCAACAGAUCUUUCCCUCCGGUGGGAGUUGGAAGAUAGAAGGCCGGGCCUCCCUUCCUCUCUUCGGUGGACCAGCUCUCUCCCCUAUCCCUUACCUGAUUGUUGUUGGUCUUCAUAUUUUGGCUCCAUCUGGUGUGGUGAUCAGCGAUGUUCUUCUCUCCACUUGUCAUUCUGCUUCUUUCACUAUCUCGAUCUCCGACAGUCGACGGUCUCCUCCGACUGUUUUGACAUUUGAGUGAAUGUUAAGAGAGAAUUUUUAAAUUUUAAAUGUUUGUUGAUAGGUUGGUUGAGAAAAAUUUGAAAUUCAAAUUUUAAAUUUGAAUUUCAGUUGAUAUUUUAAAGGA